AGUUUUGGCGCGUCGAUGGUGAGGUGGGGUGCGCAGCGGCUAGUGGGGACAGUCGACACAGCUCUGCCCUGCUGUUGUGCGUCCACUGCCGCUGUACGUCGGCUGUACGCUUACUGAGCACUCAGGGAAACCGACCUACCUCGGUGGAACCUGCUCUCUCGGAGUGGCGGUGCUUUGAGUGCGCGCUCAGCCGACAGACCAUUCCAGUGAAAGUGACUUCUGUCCAAGCUAGUGGGACAACUGACGGAGGUUUGGUCCUGGUGACUGGUAAUCGUGCUCUCACUGACCGGUGGUCUGUGGCUUAGUGACCUGGGACCGGUGGUCUGCUGACCUGUGACACGUGGUCUGCCAGCGUGUGACCCGUGACCCUUGACACGUGACGCGUGGUCUGCUCCCCCGUGACCUGUGACCGGUCUCGCACCGCGCCGCGUUCGGUGUGCCCAGCUGUCAUCUCGCCGCGUCUCCACCGGUGCUCCCCGCUAUCGAACGUGUUUCGUCGUGGCUGGCCCCCUGCCAAGGUCGUUCGUUGGCCCCGUCGGCGACCAAGGUCCUCUGCGACUAGCGGAAGGUGGACAUCGAUAACCGUGUGAGCUGGCAUGGUCUCUUCGUGGACAGGUGGUCGUCUCUGCUUCCAGCUCUGACCUCCACUCGCCAUGCUGACCGUGUGGGGACCCCUGACGCCGCUCCUCAUCCUGCUCCUGGUGGCUCAGAGCGCCGCAGGAGCUGAGGCGCACAGCGUGGAGCCCGUGAUGCGGUCUUCGCACGGCCGCUGCCUCACCAACAUCGAAGUUCCUCCUGCGCGCCACAUGCACUGGGAGGAGCGCGAGAUCGCCAUGAAACUGCAGGUCUCCGACCGGCCCGAGUCGCAGCUCACCGCCUGGAUUUUCAAACUGUUCCUGGAGGAGGCGCUCGGCUACGAGCGGGUCGAGCUGGUGAACGUGCGAGACACGUACAACAUGACCACCUACAUUCGCACACUCUCUGACUGUCCCAGGUGCGUGGAUCUGGGUCCUCUGUACCUGCACGAGCAGGACGGAGAAGAAGCCGUGGUCGAACCCGAGGCCACCAUCAACCUGGAGGUGUGGACGCUACCCGGCUACGAACACGAACAGGAUUUACUGAUGUAUAACGUCAUGUACGCCGGCCCGCUGGGGCGCCGUCACAG